GUACGUGUGGCAGGAUUUUGGGCUGUCACUUCCUCUCCGGCAUCCUCCAUGGACCUUGAAGAGUCUUUGCAGUCAGCUGAAUCAUGCCUCUUGCAGAGUGUGGACAACCUGCCGUCUCAUGCCUCCACUGCAGAUGAAGAUGCAGAUGCCUCAACAUGCAAUGUUGGAGGCCGCAUGUCGGAAGCAGACUUCUGGCGCAACGCAGAUUCCAUCGCGGAAGGCUACCCAGAGGCGCAUACUGGUCUCCCCCUAUAG